UGUCUGAAGUCUGACCGCGCGGGCCGCCGUAGCUGCAGUAAGCGGAUGUGUGUGAGUGGUGGGGUGGGUUUGUUGUGACAGCGCUGAGUUCUCUAUAUUCAGCUUUUUUUCUCAGCUUUAAAACAGUUUAAACUUUAUCAUUUAAAUCUCCACACUCGCCUCAGAGCAGAGCGAGCUUCAGCGCGGGGAUGGCCGCCGAGUUUCUGGUGAAACUGUACGAGUAUUCCCCCGUUUUCUACAUCAGUGUGAUUUCAGUCUGCUUUAUCAUCACUGCAGCGGCGGUGCUGGGCUGGUUCGGCUUUGAUGUGCCAGUGAUUCUACGCAGCUCUGAUGAAGCAGAGUCAUUUUUGCCCGUCCCAGAGAAGAGGAUGGUGCAGGUGACCAACCCCUUCUCACUGGAAAUGGGUACAACAGCUGGUACUUUAUUGGAUGGUGUGAGUCUUCAGUCAUACUGUCUGGAGGAGUGUGUACUGAGUUGUUAUUGGGGUUGUGGAGUUCAGGUUCUUCAAGCUGCACUGCAGAAACACCAGCACGACACUGCUCUCUCCACGCCACAGCUGUUCCAGCAGGCCCUGCAGCUUCACUACCUCCACUGCCAGACCUUCCAGUUACAGAAGGAGGAGCGAAAGGAGUGUUUCACAGAGCUGCCAGCAGAUCUUGGAGUGACCGACUUUGGGCCGCUCCCAAGGGACCGGUACCCGUUAGUAGCUGUUCUGACCCUGGCCAACACUGAGCACAGAGAAACAUAUAAUAUAGUUUCCAGUGUAACGGUGCUUCACAUCCCUGAUGAUAAAUACAGAUUGUCUGCAAGGAUUCUGUUUCAGUAUCUACUCACCGCUCAGGGGAACAUGUUCGACUUAAAGCCUCUUUACAUGUCUGCUGAUAGCAGCAUGCAGCCCGGAUCCUCCACUGUAGAAGACCCUCCACAGUCUACCAGAGCAGAGGAGGAGAGAGAGGAGCCAGAGGAGGAGGAGGAAGAGGAGACAGGUGCUCCAGGCAGGGACUGUGUUGUGUGUCAAAACGCACCUGUGAACAGAGUGCUUUUACCAUGUCGACACGCAUGUGUGUGCGACGGAUGUGUGGCACGGUUUCAGCACUGCCCGAUUUGCCGGGCAUUUGUUGUAGAGUCUUUUGCUCUGGCCAAUCAGACACAAGCUGGGGAUGUUGCAGAGGAGUGAGUUAGAUAUCGAUCACAUGAUCAAUAUUAGUGGUGAGUAUUAAAGGGAUAGUUCCUCUUUAACCUAAUUUGUAUCUGCUGUACCUGUUGUGUAUGGCAAAUUACAACAGUAAAAAAACAGUGGGUCAGAUUAACUGUAAUGUUAAAUAGAGUAAAUAUAGCAUCACAAGGACAUUUUCACUUAAUUGUAAACAAGGAUUACUGCUAAGUCUUACAAUUUCUGUGAAAUGUAGAACUAGCGCCCUCGUUUGCCAAACCGGCAAUUCAUCCCGGCCCAUAAUGUCCCCACCCUGCUGUGCAAAAACUCAAAUUUCUAUGAACCCAACAGUAAAUGUCCUGUUAAGCAUGUCUGCCACUCACACUCAGCUGAUAAUUAACCCACAUACUUAAAAGCUCAUUCUAAUCUAUUUGAAUUGAGCACAAUGGUGAACAUUGCAAAUGCAGUUGAGAACAACUUAACUCUUUUUGAAAAUGAUUUCAGAACAUUAAUACAAAAUUCACUGUUCACAGUUUCUUUCUUGCUGCUUCAAGCAGCUCAGCCAAUCAGCUUAAACACAGAUGCAGACUGAAGAGGGGUGGUUCUCCUGCACUGUCAAUGUUCAGUCUGUGCUGGCUGAUGAGACCCUUGGGUAUACAGAUGCUUUUACUUUCACUUUUUCAUCUUGUUUAAGUGGCAUGAUUACCCAGCAUUCCACAGAUUUUGUUUGUUUAGGUUUUUUGUGUUUAUGCUGUAUUUUACCAAACAGUGUUUUUGCAUUUCAUAUUUGAAUCUGUGACUCUGAUUCAGAGACUUUGGCCCAUUUAAAUAAUCAAUCAGCAGUGUUGGUCAUUUAUGUAUAUAUGACCUCAUUAGCAUUUUGAUUAAAUGUUAUAGAGGUAAACUUUUUUUUUUUUUGUAUUUGUAAAAACCUAAUAUUUUUGGUGAGGCUAAUUUGCUACACCUGUGACAUGGACUGUAAUUACACUGCAUUUUAAUGUUAUCAAAAUAUUUUUUAAAUGGGCAGACAUUAAUCAGUACAAUGCAGUUAUAAUUAGUGCUGGAGCUAUCUAGAGUAGUGAUAGAGAACAACGUGAGUAUCAAUGAAGGCAGCUGUGCACUAACUUUUCAUUUUUAGAAAAUCAUGUUUCAAAUUGAGAUUUUUUCAAUAUGAAGAAAACAUGGAUUUUUAUCUCAUAUUUAUUCUUUGUUUUCAGUUGUAGCUUAAAUAUGGAUUUUGUGUUACUAACUACUGGAGCAAAAUGCUCCUGCUUGUUUUCUUGCUGAGAAUGUGCUGUAGAUGAGGUGCUACAGAAAUCCAUUUAAAGACUUCAGUGUUCAGAUCCAGGAAUGCUGGGAUGCAUUAAACUAGUACUUUUAACAUGAAUAUGCAAAUGUAGCAUUUUGUCUGCUGUACAUGUUUGUAAAUCCCAUCAUAACGCAAGUGAAUAAAAUAAAAACUUGUGAUCUGAGUUUAUAAUUAGCUAAA